GAGUUCCCAUCCGUGCAUGGGUGAUGUGCGGUCGUAAAUGUGUGUGUAUGGGUUCGUGUUUUUUUCUUUCGGAGUACAAUUCUCAACCGUUCGAGAACUAGCUGUUAAUUGUUCGAGUUUAGAUAGAGAAAGGACAAUUUGUGUUGCGAGUGAGUAGUAGCAAAGUGUUGCGAAUAAAGAGUGAACCUUCUUAAGAGGAAGUGUCAUCAAAUCAGUGUGUAAUAAAAUCGUGAAUAAGUCAAAAUCUCUGUAGAUUUUUCUUCAGUGUUAAAGUUUCGAUAGAGAGGCUGCGUGAAAUUCUGGUGACUGUUCUGUAGACAACAUUUUGGGGCCCCGCAUGCGUGAUAAAAAAAGAGAACAAGAAUACGAAGAAAGAAGAAAGCAGAAUAAAAAAGAGUUGUACCUAUCGACUUGAGUGGAAAAGAGAAGAGGGAGGGGGGAGAAAGAGCGAGACGAGAUGUUUCGUUCGGAUCGAGUCUGAAGCUCUCGCGGUCUCGGCUCGCGGUGACUCGAUAUACGAUCGAAACGCGCAUCGUAUAAUCCUUUGAAACACCCUAAGCGAAAAACGUUUUGUGCUUUUUAAGUAAGAGUGAGAAAGAUCGAGGAUUUAUCCCAACACACACACACACACACAUAUACAUAAACUAUAUGUGUGUAUAAAUAUAUAUAUAUAUAUGUAUACAUAUUUAACCCAUCCAUACAUAUAUAUUGUCUCGAUAUCAAACCGCGCACACGGAGCGAAAGAAAGCCCCGAAGUUUAGCUGUAAUGGCCGCCGUGUCAUGAAAUGAAGGUACCGAGCCAGUGUUGCGGUUCCAUAAUGGAGGAUAACUCCAGUUCGCAAUCGCAAAAUCACAACGGUCCAUUGUCCGGUGGUGCGAACGUAACUGUUACGAAUAACAAACAACAAAACAGCGACAACGUCAGUAGCGAAGGUGCCAAGGAUCAGGGACCACAAUACUCUAUGCCUGGUAUUCUGCACUUUAUUCAACACGAGUGGGCCCGCUUCGAGCUUGACAGAUCUCAAUGGGAACUCGACAGAGCCGAAUUUCAGGCAAGAAUAGCUUUUCUCCAAGGCGAAAGAAAAGCCCAGGAAAACCUGAAGAAUGAUCUCGUUAGACGGAUAAAAAUGUUGGAAUAUGCUCUCAAACAAGAGAGAGCUAAGUAUCAUAUUCUCAAGUAUGGAACAGAUCUUGUGAUCGAAGGGGAUGGCAAACCACCUUUGUACGAGGAGGGCUCCACUUGCGGAGGAUCCGACGGAGGUGGAGGCGAUGGCGAAGCUCCCUUCACGUCUGUCAGCAAUAUUAGUUGGCGACAGGGUCGUCAACUUCUCAGGCAGUACUUGCAAGAAAUUGGCUACACCGAUACAAUCAUAGACGUAAGAUCGAACAGAGUGCGAUCGCUUUUGGGUUUAAAUAAUAACACGGACUCAGAUGACAUGAACACACCAGCAUUGAACGGAAAUCAAUCUUCGAACAAACGACCUGCCGAAAGUCAGAGUCCACGAGUGAAAAAAACAGUGCGCCCCAAACCGUGUCAGCCAAACCCGCUCACACAAAAGAUGAUGCUUGACACAGAAGCAUCGGUAAUGGCAAAUUUUGAGUUCCUUGCUCACACGGAUAUCGAUAUGGAAGAGGAAGAACCAGAAAUGGAUGAGAUUUAUGACACAAACGCCGAGCAAGAACAAAAUAAAUCCUCUAUUAUGCUUGGCGAAGACGUUGAUGCGGAAGCAGAAGAAGUUUUGAACGAGUUGAAUCUUCUCGGAGAGACAGAGGAAUCAAUGCCCGUCAAAUGGAUAGGUGCGGUAUGCAGGCUGUCGACCGCGCCACGGCGCUCCUGCGAGGAGGGUGAUUCUACCCUGGGAUUAGGCGAAUUAGCGCAACUAACGGUUAAUAACGAUGCCGAAGUAGCCUACGACAUGGCUGCAACUACAAAGGAAACUUUUCGUAAAACAUGGAAUGCUAAGUACACGCUUCGCUCACAUUUCGACAGUGUUCGAGCCCUCGUCUUCCAUCCGACCGAUCCGGUUCUAAUCACUGCGAGCGAUGAUCACACCCUCAAACUGUGGAAUCUUCAGAAAACUGUACCAGCUAAAAAGUCAGCAUCUCUGGACGUCGAGCCUCUAUACACAUUCAGAUCGCACACCGGUCCGGUUCUCUGCCUGGCAAUGUGCAGCACCGGAAAUCGUUGUUACAGUGGCGGUUUGGACGGAAAUAUUCACUGCUGGACUCUUCCUUCAGCGAAUAUUGACCCGUACGAUUCUUACGAGCCAAGUGUUCUCAGUCAAAAGUUGACCUUGCACACAGAUGCUGUUUGGGGUCUCAGUAUGUAUCAUCCACGAUCUCAGCUGCUUUCGGUUAGCGCGGAUGGUACUGUUAAACUCUGGAGUCCACAGAGCAAAGUUCCACUUCUAAAUACUUACACUUCCGAACAAGAUGGAAUUCCAACGUCAGUCGAUUUCGUGCGAGAUGAGCCUCACAAAUUGGUCGUAGCUUACGAAAGUGCGUGUUUGGUGUUUGACGCCGAAACGGCUGCGGUGGUGGCCCGCCUAGACGGAAAUGGUACGAAAGGAGUGAAUCGGGUCGUGGCUCACCCGACGGUGCCGUUGGUCGUCGCGGCCCACGAAGAUCGUCACAUUCGUUUUUACGAUCAUCGUUCAGCUACUCUGGCUCACGCGAUGGUAGCGCAUUUGGAUGCUGUAACUAGUCUUGCGGUUGAUCCUCACGGGCUCUUUUUGCUCUCAGGCAGUCACGACUGCAGUAUACGAUUAUGGAACAUGGACAACAAAACGUGCGUGCAGGAGAUAACGGCGCACCGGAAAAAAUUCGACGAGAGCAUUUUGGACGUGGCGUUUCAUCCGGCGAAACCGUUUAUCGCGAGUGCCGGUUCGGACGCGCUUGCCAAGGUAUUCGUGUAAGUGAUACAAUAUAUAUAUAUAUUAUAAAUAAAAAUAUGUAUGCAUAAAUGGAAAGGCCGAAAAUUGGAAGGGUAAAAAAGGGAAAAAAGGAAAGAGAGAGAGAGAGAGAGAGAGACAGACAGAGAAGAAAGUGAAAAAAGCGAUGAAAGUUGGAGGAGCAACUUGAAGGGUGGCUCGAUUGCGGAGCAGUUUUUGUACUCAUAUUCUUUUAGAUAGUUUUACCCGUAUGUACUACACACUUCCAAGAGCCUUUUGUUUUUUUCUCAUUUCUCAUAUUUCUCUCUGUAUUUCUAUAUCUCAGCCUUUCCGUCUAUUUUAUCGAAUCGGUUAUUGAUAAAACAAACAAACGAAAAAUAAGAAAUGGAAAAGAAAUGAAAAAGCAACAAUAAUGAAAUAAGACGAGACAAAUGAGCGUUUAAGUAUGUCAAAUUAUACAUACACGAUUAAGUGAAUAAACUGAAACGAAGUAAGAAUAAAUAAAUCUAAAAAAAAAAAAAAAACGCAGAGAAACACCGAAAAAAACGCAUAAAACAACAAAGCAUAGGAAGAAGAAAAGAGAGAAACUACGGAUUAUUAAUUUAAAAAAGAAUAUUCAAAUAAAUGAGAUACUCGUACUAAUAGAAAUGCGGAAGCCACGAUAUCAUGUAACGUUUUAUUCGAAAGAUUAUCAUUUCAAGUGCAAAAAUGCUAUCUGUCGAUGUAAUCUCGUCACUAAGUAGACGUGUAACCUUGUCGGUAGGGUGGCAUCGGGACUUCCCGAAUUGUAGAUUAUUAAAAAACAAAAAACGAAAAAAAAAAUAUAAAAAAACAACAGCAACAUUGCAAAAUGAAACUCAGACAGAAAGAAACAUUAUUAGAUACCCAAAAAUAAUUAUAAAACCAAGUUUAAACGAAAUGAUUCAAUAUAAACAACAGAUUUAAAGACACGAAUGAGAGAAGUAAAUAGAAAUAAAGUGAAACAAAGAAGGGAGAAACGAAUGUAUCCUCUUGAUCCAGCAGAGUCCAGAAAGCACACUGCCGCAGUAGCAUAAUAUUUAUCCUUAUGUUAAUUAUUUAUUACCAAUAUUCAAAGUUACUGUUGCACCAGCUACUGAGGGGGAAAUACACGAGGAUUAGAAAAAACUUCGAGUAAAUCAAUUUUUUUGACAGAGCCAACUAAAGAAAAACGUAAAAAGAAACGAAAUGAAUGAUAAUGUCCCAAUUAAUAUGCUAAUUAGUCUCCCGAAACACUAUCCCUAUGCUGCUACCUUUUCUGUAUUAGCCAGGGUCAGCGUACGGUAAUUACAAUUAUUAUUAUUAUAUAAAUAAUAAUAUUAAUAUUAAUUAUUACAUAACAAUAAUAAUAAUUAUAAUUGAUAAGUUAACGAUACAAGUAAUAGACAUAAUAUUAACAACAAUAAAUUAUAACUGUGUGUUUCACUGUAAUAUAUUGUAUUUAAAAAUAGACGAACCGUGUAUCUUA